AUGGAGGAUGCCCUCAUGCUCUCAGUGUCGAAGGACUCCCCUUCUGAAUAUGUUCCUGAAGAAAUCAUGAAAGACCUUCAGUGGCUUCAUGAUGAGGCUGAAGUACGCAUGUUGACUGAUUCUGUCAAAUGGGUUAAUGAAAUUAUUGUACAUCUCCCGGAAUCAUGGUUGAACGAUUACGAAAAAACAACGGGUAACACAACGACACGACAUUCAACUUCGUUCUCUUGUUCCACUAGGUUUUUCCGAAUGGGUAAAUCUAUGCUCGAAACCAGAGAUUUCGUACGAGCUGCUUACUACUUACAAAAAGUUCAGAAUGAGAACAGCGUUUACAAGUUCAUAUAUUACUGGAGUCGAUAUUUGGGUUGUGUGCGAGACCAACUUGAACAUGAUGCUGAAUCCUUCGACAAGAAAGCUCAUUCUUCCAAUCCGGAUCCUCCCAUAUUAGCAAAGGAUCUUCUUAGUGAUAUGUUAAACGACAAGAAAGACCAUUCCGAUUUGCAUGACUCAUUUAUCAAUUAUCUACUGGCGAGAGUUCAAAUACUGUUGGGCAUGACUGAAGCGGGUUAUGAAACACUAAAAAACGUUGUGAAAGAAGAACCAAGGCUCUGGCCAGCUUGGGAGGAGAUGGUGAAUGUCAUACCCAAAUAUGAGUUCACAAAUGUUUCUGAUUUAUGCUUUUCUACUAAUUCAAUUCCUUGGAUUUUCACGUGGUUCACAUCUCUGUAUUGCAAGCGUUUCCAACUAUUCAGAGAAGGAAUAACUCGAGCCGAAACGCUACUGAAAAUUUUCGGAGAUCUUCCUCAGCUUUUAUCUUUGAUCGGAGCAUGUUACAACCAUGCUUUGGAUCACAGGGAGUCUGUCAAAUACUUCAAACAGGUCAACGAGUUAGACCCCUAUCGUUUAGAGCACAUGCACUUAUACUCUGAUUCGUUAUUCUGUAAAGGAGAACGGGUUGCAUUAACUGCUCUUACGCACAGCUUUUUCAAAUCACAUAAGUUCGCUUGGGAAACAUGCUGUAUAGUUGGCAAUUAUUACAAUAUGAGACAAGAACAUCAGCAAGCUAUUCGUUUCUUCCAAAGAGCUGCCAGAUUAAAUCCUACGGUAGCAAGUAUUUGGGUUCUAAUUGGACAUGAGUUCUUGGAACUCAAGAAUAAUGCUGGUGCUUGUCUGUCCUAUAGACGAGCAACAGAAGUGGACCCUGUUGAUUUCCGAGGGUGGUAUUCUUUGGGACAAAUGUAUGACAUCUUGAAAAUGACAACAUACUCUUUGUAUUAUUACCAACAAGCCCACAAAUGCAGCCCACAGGACUCCAGAAUACUUGUAGCCUUAGGUGUAGCUUAUGCACACAUUGGUCGGUCGAAAGACGCUCAAAAAUGUUUUGCUACCGCUUUCGAGUACGGAGACGUGGAAGGAAACGCUCUCUGGCAUUUGGCGAAGCUCUUCGAAAAGGCUAAUCAAUUAGCUAAGGCUGCUAGAGUGUAUGAAGAAUAUCUCACAACAUACGAUGGUACACGCCUUGAGGAAUAUGAUGAAAAUGCUACUCACAUCAUACGUUUCUUGGCCAAGUAUUACUGUGGCACCGGUGAUUUGGCGAAAGCUACAGAAUAUGCACAACGCUGUCUUCAACACGAAGCGACUUGUGAGGAGGGAAGAGCUGUCCUUCGUGAAGUAAACCAAAAAAAUAGUGCUAUACUUAUGGAUGUCGAGGCUACACCAGCGCGUAUGGAACCAAACUGCCAAAGCAGCCCUACUGCGAUGAAUAUGUCAGAUACAGAUAUGGCCGUGUCUGAUGGUGAAGACGUCUCCUUUGAUUGA